AUGCAUUUUAUUAUUCUUUUCCUCUUGCCUUUCAUUCUAUGCGAUAGUAGUGAUGACAGUUGUAAGACUGCUUCUGAGAUAUCGAUUUUUGCUGAGAAGCUGCACAGCCCUUCUCAAUUUCUUUUCGUGUUUGCUGUAUUUGGGAUUCUCAUUAUGAUAAUUACACUUGGGCUCUUGGUGUGCGUGUACUUUGACUUCUUUAACUACGAAUGGCCAAAUAAACUUUUGUACGGCGAAUUUGCAGCCAAUGACAAUUCGUGCAGUGCAGUGUUUUCCAUAAAGAAGCCGUUUUGCACCGUUGCAGACACAGACGUAACAUACCAAAACAUAAUGCAUCACAACAAGCUAAAGCUGCCUCUGUGCAGAAGCCUCACAGAAAAGCCCAUAGAAGAGGUUCCUAGUUUUAUUUACAACUCAAUUAUGGCGCAGCUUAUAAAAAAUGGGCAUGAUACAGAGUUUCUUGGUUCUUCUAGUCGAUCCGAUGCUUUUCUUUCAAAACUUGUAGUUGUAGGAACAGAAAACAUGUGCAACAAAACGUUGGCAGCAAAAAGUAGUUUGGGCCAGGAGGUGGACCCACAGGAUCUUAUUAAACAGCAGUGUGCAAUAAUAGCAUGGAUACUUGACGUGAUAAACAACAAAGUAGAAGGAUAUGAGAUUCUUCGCGAUGCCGUUCUACUCUCUGUUAAUGAAGUAGUAAGUAAGUAUGCACCAGAUUCGCUUGAGACAUCAGUAGAUAUGAAGCUAGCAGAAAAGUCAGCUGAAGCUCUUCGUGCUCUAGUCAAUCGCCACUAA